UGUGUUACAUCACUAGUAGUAUCAUUUUAUGAAAAUCGACACAAAACGUCAUGCGUCAUGAAUAUGACAUUUGGCGACAGAAGUUUUGUAUGUCAAGAUUUUUGACAAAACCUAUUUGUUUAGGUUAUUUUUAUUGUAGUUCGUAAAAUAAUCUACUUCUAAUUAAUUUAGCAAACCAAUAUGAUUCUUGUAAGCGAUAUAUAAAUUCUUUAUGUUAUAUACCACAAGACUGAUGUUACAAUUCUGAAUUAAAAAAGAUGUGUAGAUUCUUUAGCUAAGUGAGACUUUAUACCAUUAGCAUGCCCACCUUCCUGACCCCGGGCCGGCAUGGCUACAGUGUUCGAUUUUCACGGACCAGACCUGAUGCCCUUGCAGUUGCUACCAGCCAGUACUAUGGUCUCGCUGGAGGAGGAACAUUGUUCUUUCUCGAGUUGGCUCCUGAUGGAAGUACAUUGUUGGAAAUGCAAAAAUUGGAAUGGAGUGAUGGAUUAUUUGAUGUGACGUGGUCGGGUACAAGCGAGGCGGCGGUGGCAUGCGGCGCCGGUGACGGUGCAGUGGUGGUGUGGCGAGGAGGGUGCGCGGCGCCACUGCGAGUACUACGGGGACAUUCCAGCGAGGUCUGCUCUGUGGACUGGCCGCGUGGACGCCUCCUCAGCGCCAGUUGGGACACCACAGUCAAGCUGUGGGACCCUGAAUCUGAAGCCUGUCUCAAUACAUUUGCGGGUCAUUCUCAACUGGUCUACACGGCGGCGUUCUCUCCCCACUCUCCUGCAACCUUCGCCUCCGUCUCAGGAGACGGCCACCUUAAGUUAUGGACUUGCACAGAGCCACGACCUGCAGCGGUUGUGAAGGCGCACGAGGCUGAGGUUUUAUCAUGUGAUUGGAGUAGAACAGAGACGCAUGCAAUAGCGACAUCUGGAUCUGAUGGUCUGGUCAAAGGAUGGGAUUUGCGGCGUCUUACCUCUCCUAUGUUCACACUUAAAGGUUGCGAAUGCGCAGUAAGGCGAGUACAGUUUUCACCACACGCGCCCUCCGUCAUAGCGGCCGUGUCAUACGACUUUACUACAAGGAUAUGGGAUCUGAAGCGAGGUUGUGAGCCACUAGAGACGAUCCGCCAUCACUCUGAGUUCACAUACGGGCUGGACUGGAAUACACUGAGGCCACAUCAGAUAGCCGACUGCGGCUGGGAUUCGUUGGUGCAUGUGUUUACACCGAGAUCACUAGCUUGAGACUGGCUUAGAUGUUCCCAGAGUGUUCGAAGCAAUCGAAAACUUUGACUGAUGAUGGCUGUGUAUAAUGCGAUGCAUGUUGUUCCAAUAUGCACUUUGAGUGCCAAAUUAAUUGGUGUCGUAUUUGUUUGUACGAAUUAAUCGGUGCGUAGUUAAAGAUAGUUAUAAUCAAAACAGGGAUGAUAAUAUCCUUCACUGACGGUGGCAUGCAAUUUUUUUAUAUUGUCUCAUUUUUUUAUAUUACAACCUUCUUAUCCAUAAAAAUAAAGUGCAAUAAGC